AUGACCACCACUAUUGAAACAACAAACAAUUCCUCACGCUCUGUUUCACUUCAGCUCCAAACUUCUGAGCAUUCGACCGCCAUUGCUAUGGGGGACUUUGAAUAUCCGUAUCGGGUACCAGAGAUCAAAGAUCCUCACAUCAAGAGAGACUGGUUGUUGAACCAGAUGGCUGGCGCCUUCAGGAUAUUCGCGAGAAAAGGCUUCAACGAAGGCCCUGCAGGUCAUAUAUCCGUUAGAGAUCCAAUUGAGCCAAGAACGUUUUGGAUAAAUCCCCUUGGAGUUCAUUUCUCUCUUCUGACUGCUGAAGACAUGGUAAGAGUUGACGAGCACGGUAAUUAUGUUGGCGGAAACAAAGCUCCAAUCAAUCUUGCUGGCUUCAAGAUUCACUCUGCUGUUCACAAGGCGCGGCCAGAUUUAAACGUUGCAUGCCAUGUUCAUUCUGUCUGGGGAAAAGCGUUUUCUGCACUGGGACGCAGACUCGACAUGCUGAAUCAAGACGCAUGUAUUUUCUAUAACAACCACGAUGUCUAUCGGAACUUUGGCGGGGUGGCAGUGGAAACGGAAGAGGGAGAAAACAUUGCCAAGGCUUUCGGGCCUACCAAUAGAGCUCUGAUCUUACAAAAUCAUGGACUCAUCACAGCCGGGUCCAUUGUUGGUGAAGCCUGUUAUUUGCUGUGCUUGAUGGACAAAAUAUGUGAGACCCAGAUCAAGACAGACUCGGUCUACGCCUCGGGACUGUAUGACAGAAUUGUCAUCCCCGAUAAAGAGGCAUCCUUCACCUACAGUAUAACAGCCACCUCUGCGAACCUUUAUGCGUCUUUUUGUAGCGAUUACGAACUUGAGGUUCGGCUGUCUGCGGGAGCUCUAAAAUCCAUGACUUCUUAUCAUGAAUAG